CUCAUUUCAGAGAAAAAUAUUGUGCUUUGAGGUCAACUACAUUUGUCUAAUGGGUUUUUAAAGAUGCACAUUUACAAAUUAGAUAAUACAACUUUUAUACUUUUUCCAUUUACAUUUUUACAAGUUAUCCAGUUUUUUUUUUGUCUUAUUAUUCCUCCAUUUUAUAGGGCAGGAUGGCUUUGAAAACGGGUUAAAGUUAGAAUCAACCACAAAUAAAAGAUUUCAUUUUCUAGAGCUGCUAAAAAAAAAAGGUAUAACACACUGUUUAAGAAUAAACCAGCAGUUUCCAAACUUUUGGGCUUCUCUAGUACAUUUUCCGAUGAUCCAAACUAUCAGCAAAUAUCAGAGAAAAAGUCCAGAAAGCGGAAACAGGUUUGUGUAUUAACUUUUUCCUCUUCUAUUAAACUUAUCUCAUGUUUUAUAUAAUAUAUCAAUCAGAGGGAUCAAACCAGGACUUUUACUUAAAUAAUUUAACUACAUUUUGCUGCCAUGUACUUUUACUGAUGUGUUUUUAAUGCAGGAUUUUUACUCCUAAUGAAGUGAUUUUACACUGAUUCAUUGAUACUUCUAGUAAAGUAUGUGGUUACUUCUUCCAUCUCUGGUUCUAUAUAAUUACUUUCGGUGGUUUGGUCUGCUGUGACUUCAUACGUCUAUAAUUAACAGCGCCAUUGUAACAUGCUGAGAAUUCUGUUGCUACAUCACCGCACCCACAAUGAAACUAGUGUGUUUGUUUUAAAUUAUGAGCCGUCCAGCGAUGGGCGGCUAUCAUUAAUGACCAACGGACGGCACUCAGCCUCCCCACUGUGGUUUUACAACACAAGCGCACCCGCAGAACGAGCCAAUCAGAGAGCAGAGUGGUGCUGUACGCGUAGUUUGAACUGUGAACAAACGGACCGCAGUGAGAGCAGCGGAGAGGCGACGGUCGGUAGCUUGUCUCUGUGACAAGUUUCGGUUAUUUUAAACUGUUUGCCAGUGAUUAAGAACGAGUCUGGGAUUUAAGAAUGAGAAAAAGCGAGGUGCUCGCAGCAGAGGCUGUGUCGUGCCUGAAUAAAGCGCUGUGCCACCUGAAGGACAUCUGGGAGGAGAUUGGCAUCCCAGAGGACCAGAGACUGCAGAGAACCAAUGUAGUCAAGAACCACAUUAAGAAUCUUCUGGACAUGAUGAUCAAAGAAGAGGAAUCUUUGAAGAAGAAGCUCAUAAGCAGCAUUCAGACGUGCAAGACAGACAUGGAGAAACUCUGCUUGGAACUUCAGCUCCCUGUGUUUGAGGAGGAGGAAGGCAUCAGCAUGCUGCAGCAGGAGAAGAACAUCCGCACACAGGUGGAGGCUCUGCUGAAGGAGAAGACUCAGCGGAUGCAGCAGCUGAAGCUUCUGCUGGAGCAGGACCAGGACCUGGUCGACAUCAUGUGCUCCAUCCCAUACGGCAUCGCUCCAGACUCUGUGCCGUCGAUGGAACAGCUGGAGAACUUUCGCCAGCACAUCGCCAACCAGAAUGCAGAGAAGGCAAAGCGUCAUGCUGAGUUCAUGGACGUCAAGAAGCAGAUCAUUUUGCACAUGCAGGAGCUGGACCACAUCCCUGAGACCAGCUUCGAGAAGGACGUCGUGUGUGACGAUGAGGACGCUUUCUGCCUUUCCAGAGACAAUAUAACGUCACUCAAACUGCUUCUUUGCCAGCUGGAGGAACGCAAAGCUCAGAUGGAGGCGUCAUGUGAGAGUCACCGAGAGAAGAUCCAGCAGCUGUGGGACCGACUGCAGGUUCCCCAGGAGGAGAGGGAGGCCUUCAACGAACACAUGGUCACAUCCAGGAAGAGGAACCUGGAAGCAUUACAAGCCGAGGUGCAGCGUCUGGAGGAGCUCAAGCUGCUAAAUAUCCGAAACGUCACAGAAGCCAUCCGCUCCGAGAUCGCUGUGUUCUGGGAAAAGUGUUUCUUCAGCAUUGACCAGCGACAGGAUUUUGCACCAUAUUUUAGUGAGGAUUUUACUGAAGAGCUGUUGAGCCUGCAUGAUGCUGAGAUCCUGCGCUUGAAGCAGCACUAUGAGGAUCACAAAGAGCUUUUUGACGGGGUUCACAGAUGGGAAGAAAGCUGGAGACUCUUCCUCGAGCUGGAGAAAAAAGCAACAGAUCCGACAAGGUUCACCAACAGAGGAGGGAAUCUUCUAAAAGAGGAGAAACAGAGGUCUGAGCUGCAUAAAAGCCUGCCAAAGCUGGAAAAGAAAUUAAAAGCCCAGAUUGACACCUGGGAGAGUGAACAAAGCCGGGAGUUUCUAGUAAACGGCCAGAAGUUUCUGCAGUAUGUGGAGGAGCAGUGGGAGCUGCACCGAAUAGAGAAGGAGAAGGAGAAACUAGAAAGGCACCUUAAGAAGAACAAACAGACUGAGGAGGACAUGCUGUACGGAACAGCAGUACGAACUCCGGCCAAACGCAGAUUCCUCGGCUCCAACACGCCGAAUAAAACACGAAAACUGUGUAAUGCAACUUCCAGCAUGUCUAGUGGCACCUCUAACAGCACCAUGCGCUCCGUCUAUGGAGGAACAGUGUGUCGCUCUCCUGUGCCCCGCCCUCCCCUCUCAGCUAAUAAGGUUCCAGCUUCACGGACACCAGGUGGCGGUAAACCCCCCCACCCAAGACUGCAGGGCUGCAACAAGGAGAACGAGGCCCAGCUGAAGGGAACACCUCUGAGUGGUGCGUUGCUGACCGCUGCUAGUCCACAGCGUAACUUCAGCAUAGCCUCUGUUGCCAGCACAUAUUCAGAGUUUGUGAGGGACUUGGUCAACACUGAAUCUGUUCAGUCAAGCGAGACCUGUCCAAGGCCUCUAACACCAAGAUCCAGCACGACGUCCUGAACUCCACCACCUCCAACCUCUGACCUCCUCACACGUCUGCAUCAGCUCAUAAUAUCGCAGCCCCUCCAAUGAAUUUCUGGCCUCAUUUAGGACCAGAAAGGAUCACUACCCAUCACUGCUCUGCUUUUACAUGUACAUGAAGGUGAUAAUAUAUAAAGUGUUACUUAAGUGAUAAACAAGGGACAAGUAACCAGUUGUCUGUUUAUCCCUGUCUGCAGAAGAAACAAAUAUGUUUGUAUCAUAAGUUAAACUAACACUACUUUGGCUUUCUUUGCCUAUUACUGAGAUGUUUGUAUCUUUUACUGCACAUUAUUUUUAAAAACGAAACAAAAGAAAGUUUAGCUUUCUGAAGUUAUGCAAUCCGGGGUUAUAGGCCAAAUGUAUUAUGAGUACGUUGCACUUUUGUUUUUUUCCUUUUUAGAAAAUGCAUUGUAAUUCCUAGUGUUAUUUUAAUUGACUCACACUGUUCCUUCCUAAUCAGCUUUUUAUAAAUUUGUGUAUUUGUGUAUAUAUUUCUCUAUCUGCUGUUUCUACGUAGAGACUCGACUGUUUCACAAAGACCGUUAUGAUUCCUUAGUUAGAACAUAUAUAUUGGUGCUUCAUACUAGUUGAAAUAUAGUUAAAUUGCACGAAUUCUGAAUCAUGGCUGAUUUGGAAAAGCUUGUCAGAAUAUAAUAAAUGUAUUUUCUACACGAAAA